UAGCCUAUGUUACUCCUUGGUUAAUCCUUUACUUGUCUGUGAAAGCCCCGUCAAAAAAGGUUUAGCCAUUCCGAAGAUUAGCCCGUUCAAACAGACACGACAAUUCAAUUUUAUUUAUUAGACUCUAUAGAUGUUUGUUAGAAUAAUUUGCCUACAUUUUCAAACUUUAAAGCACGAUAACCCUGGAUUGACCGAAUUUCCUUAGACAACGUUAUUUUUUUGUUUGCUAUACUUACUUUUGGUCUACGUUUUAUAGAAAACACCUUUGAUGUGGUUAUCAGACGGGUGAAGGUUGCGCGGCGAGAUGUUGCACCGUAAUAUACGAUACAUUUACAUAAUGCCAGUGUUUCACUGUCUACGUACGCGCUCCUCUAUCCUAAUUUGAAACUUUUAAUUAUAAAUAUCAGCAGGCCAUCAAUUUUAGUUAGAGCCGUUUUUCUUGUAAUUUUGCUAAUCAUAUAAAUGAUUAGCAAAAUUACAAGAAAAACGGUUUUUUUUGUAUGGUGUUCCGCUCGAAGUUUUCGUUAGAAGAUUCCAUAAAUAAUAAUAAAUUUCGAUAUCAUUUACUAUACCUACUUACAUUUUAAAAUCUUAAUAAAUCUCUCUUUUCAAUUUCUGUAAUAAGUAGGUACUAGAUAGGCAUACUACGUAUUGACGUAAGGUAUAAAGUUCAGCUGUCGAGCUGCGGCGCGGUGAGGACUUGCACGAACGGCAACAAUGACGCCUAUGAACAUUUUAUAAUCAAGCAAUCCUAGUAUUUUGACCGAUCUACAAAGUUGAUAAAAACACUACCGAAGACUGAAUAAAGAUAUAAUAUUAACAUUUGAUUAGCAUAAAAUACUCUCGGUUAAUAUUUAAUUAUGAUUUAAAAGAUAAGCUAAAGUAGGACACGCGAGUGUGGCACCUCUCGCUGUCGCUCCGAGCUAGCUCGUGACGUACGCGACACCCGUCUACACCGAUUCAGACUUGUACUUCUAGAAUACUUAAAAAACAAUACGUACAUAAUAUUAUCCAUAUCUAGUUGUUGCAAUUAUGGAAAAAUAUCAAGAAUUAUGGUGUGAUAAAAAAAAUAUAGAGAAGAGCGAAAAAAGAAAGCUGCAUGGUAAGUUAAACAAUAUUCUGUCUUUUUUGCAUUACCGUCGUAAAAAGCGACACUAACUAACUAACUAUUACCUACGACAUUUUAUUUUGCAAUCCUUUAUCUUUUUAUUAUGAACAAGUCAUUUUAUUACCGCCAGAUUUGUUCUUGAAUAUAGUGACUCACAGUACGUAGGAUCUUGCAAAGCAAACCAUAAAGAGACGCUGUGAAAAUUAGUGGCUUAGUGUCAGUCGAGCAAACAACCUGAAGGCUCGCCGCGUACAGGAAGAGAGAAGUUAAUCCGAGCCCACAUUAGAGCCAGUUUCGCGCGCGCAGAUAACACGCGCGGGCGAGCAAACAUCAUCAAGUUGUAACUCACGAGAUAACGAUCCGCGACUACAGAGCGCGGCGGAGGCGCUGCUACAUUUUGAUUUGACUUUCCUUAAAAGAACAGGUUUUUGCUCGUGUUUUUCGACUCUGUUUUGUAUGCGUAAUGUGAUUACUCUAUUAUUUAAUCAGUGUAGUGCAUAGCCUUUUUAUUAUUUCAUGAAUUCGGCAGUACAAUGGCAGCCGCAGUACAGUUGACAUAAUCAGGAGUGCGUCGACGCGACUUGCUCCCGUGCGGUGCCGGCGUGCUGGUGGCGGUGGAGGCGGACGAGGGACACUGCGGCAGUAUGGUGUACGCGGAGGAGCCCAGCCCGGUUAUGUUAGACCGCGGCAGCGAGGCGGAGGUGGAGGUGCGGCCGCUGGACGGCGCGCGGGCGCGCGGCGCGGGCGGCGGGGGCGGGGGGCUGUGGCGCGUGGCGGCGGCCGAGGCGUGCGGCGCGGCGCUGCUGGUGGCGCUCACGUGCCUGCCGGCGUGCGCGGCGCGGCGGCCGCUGGCGGAGCGCGCGCUGGCGGGCGGGCUGGGCGUGGCGGCGCUGGUGCAGUGCUUCGACCACAUCUCCGGCGCGCACUUCAACCCCACCGUGACGCUGGCGGCGCUGAUGGCGCGGCGCGUGGGCGCGGCGCACGCGGGCGCGGCGCUGGCGGCGCAGCUGGUGGGCGCGCUGGCGGGCGCGGCGGCGACGUGGGCGCUGGCGCCGGGCGCCGUGGCGCGCUGCGUCACGCUGCCUGAGCUGCGGGUCGUGUCCGUGUACCAGGCGCUGUGUAUCGAGGCGCUGCUGGGCGCGGUGCUGGCGCUGGCCAACCUGGCGGCGUGGGACGCGCGCAACGCGCACUACAAGGACUCGUGGCCGCUGCGCAUCGGCUUCACCGUCGCCGCGCUGACGUUCGCUGCCGUGAGUGUUGACAGGCGCUGUGUAUCGAGGCGCUGCUGGGCGCGGUGCUGGCGCUGGCCAACCUGGCGGCGUGGGACGCGCGCAACGCGCACUACAAGGACUCGUGGCCCUGCGCAUCGGCUUCACCGUCGCCGCGCUGACGUUCGCUGCCGUGAGUGUUUCCAGGCGCUGUGUAUCGAGGCGCUGCUGGGCGCGGUGCUGGCGCUGGCCAACCUGGCGGCGUGGGACGCGCGCAACGCGCACUACAAGGACUCGUGGCCGCUGCGCAUCGGCUUCACCGUCGCCGCGCUGACGUUCGCUGCCGGCGACGUGACGGGCGCCAGCAUGAACCCCGCGCGCAGCCUGGCGCCGGCCGCGCUCGCCGGCGACCUCGCGGCGCUCUGGGUAAUGCAUCAUCUCGUAUCAUUCUGUAAUGCUCGAAAGCGGGAUCAAAGCUUUGCGCAACAAUGGAGGGGGUGUGUCUAUACAUAAGUAAAUCCUGUUCCUUCAGAAUAUUCGUGAAUUGAAAGUUUUACGAACGACUCGUAGACAUCCCUGUCGACACCGAAAACGUUUCAAAACUAGUCAGAUGGCAAACGUCGCAUUCCGCGGACGUUCACUUAUAUUGUAUUUACAAAUGUUUACUUUGUAAAUGUGCCAAAUGGUAAAAUAUCAUUUAUAUUUUUAUUUAUGAUUUUACCAAAUAAUUCGUUUUCCAAAUUCCUAUUGG